AUGUUGAAACAAAAGACUUCUACUAGAUCUGAAAUCGAGCAUCUGACAGCUUUGAUGCAUGAAAAGCUACCAACUCGUAUGGUUGUUGUACUUUAUGAACAUCAGCACACUGGAAUACAGUGGAUACUUCAUGUUUUGAUCGAUCCAUCAAAGUUUAGGCUUACGAUGGAAUUAUCUUUUGUGAAGCAUCACACUGGUUUUUUUACCGAUGCAGUUUUUGCAUAUGUGGUUUGUUUUUUCAUGGUAUUAUACUCCUGA